AUGGUGCGCGUUGCCACGCGAGCGGAUCCCGAGCCGCCCAGCACCCUCACGGCCUCGAGCCACACGACGGGCUGCAGCAGCAUGGGAGACUGCGCCCUUGUCGAGACCCGCAAGCCGGCUGCCGAGGCGGCCCCCGAAGAGCAGCUCCGUCACCCAGGAGGAGUCUUGCCCAACCCCUUGGUGGAUGACUUGAAGGAGACCCAUGCCCGGCGAGGCGUCUUGAUCCCCCUCAAGACGACACAAGAGGUGCGCCAGGACCAUGUCAUUGUCCAGGCCUACAUCACGAGAGCGCCCACCAAGUCGGCCAACGAGGUCAUCAUGGCUUUGCGAUCGCUGCGACCUGAAGGUAGUGCUAACCCCCUGCCUCAUCUUCGCACGUGCGCCAAGCCGACGGACCUUCCCGCACACAUCAAGACGCAAUUCAUGAACGACACGCCGGCUGGCCGCCAGAUCCACACGACAAAGUCCAACUGGAUCUACAUCAUCGUUGGCGAGGUCAAGGAGAUGGACAGGGAGGAGGUGGUGCUGACGCUGCUGAAAAUCGAGGGGCUCGAGCAGGACGUCUUCAUGGCCGUCAUCCCCAUCCCGCUCUUGGCGCCCACGUCGCAGGUCCAGGCGGCCAUGUGGUCGUCGCAGUUUUGGCCGACCGUGUACCGCAAGAACAACCCGCUCGGCCCUCACCCUGGCAUGGUGGGACGCGGCACCGAGGACAUCAAGGACGACGCCUCGGUCUGGAUGGCCCUGGCCCAUCGGGUGGCUCGCGAGGCCAAGAAGGCCGGCAUCGGCGAGCCCAUGGGCGCCGUCAUUGUGCAGCGGAGCGAACGGGGCGCCGAGCUCGUUGGGCUGGCCGGAGACGCGCGCCGGCACCAAAAGUCGGGAUCGGGAAUACCCAACAACACCAUGACGCACUGCGUGAUGCGCGCCAUCAGCAUGGUGGCGCAGAAGCUGGUCCGGCACGAGUGGCGGGCGGGCGGGCUGCCCGCCGGCGGCCCUAACCUGGCGUUUGACGCGUUCCAGGACCAGCCGCUGCUGGGCAUGGAGCGCGCCUGCUUUGCGCAGGAACACCCCAACAAGGAGGGCUACCUCUGCCACGGGCUGGAGCUGUACGUGACGCACGAGCCGUGCGUGGCGUGCUCGAUGGGGAUCCUGCACUCCCGGAUGGGCAAGGUGGUCUUUUCCAGGCACAUGCCUCGCACCGGGGGGUUGAGCUCGGAUGAUCGCCCUGACGGAGGUGGACGAGGGUUGGGCCUCUUUUGGAGGCGGGAGCUCAACUGGAGCUUGCUGGCGUGGGAGUGGGAGCGCGAGGGCGUGCCCGAGCUGCCGCUCGUCGACCCGACCACUCAUGUUUAG